GGAAUCAGCUAUCAGGAUGGCAUCUAGAUGUGAAGUCUUCUUAGAGAUCCUCAUCGCAAUAUUUAUCCCACCACUCGGAGUUUGCCUAAGAGAUGGCUGCUGCAGUUGCGAGUUCUUCAUAUGCUUGGUACUGACGCUUUUAGGUUACAUUCCGGGCAUUAUCUACGCUGUCUACGCCAUAGUGGUUAGAGGCUCCCACCCGGACGAUCAAUGGCGUCCUCUCACUGCAUAG